UUCUCUUUGCCUUAAGACUCCUCCACCUUUGCACUUCAAUUUCACCACCAUUACAACCCUUCUUUGAAAUAAUUUGGUGGUGAUAAUUUAAGUGAAGAAAGGUAGAGGGGUGAGUUCAUUGUUAUUCAUUAAAUUUUCGAAUUGUGUGCUACUGACCUUUGAGAAUUUCACGAUUAUAAAAAAAUAUAUAUCGUCCAUCAUCAAUUCUUGUAUAGUAAAUUUCUCGAUUGUUAAAAAUUUGGUGAAAAAUGUCAGCUAUUGUUGAACCAAUCUCACCAAGCAAGGCCUUGAUCAUGGACACAAUGAUGGAUGAAAAUAAUCAACAAGAGAAUAUGAAGAUGGAGGAUGAUGAAAGUUCAAUGGAGGAGCAAUUUCUUGAUAGUAGUGAUCAUAGCAAUUCAGAUGAAGUUGAAGCAGAGAAUGAAUUAGAACCAGAAGUACAAGAACCAAAAUUAUACAUAAUUUGUCCUGAGAGACCAGAGUUAGUGUUAUGUGAGCCAUUCUUUUCAACACCUAAAGAAUGUCUUUUUACUCUCAAGGAAGCAAGUAGAUACAAACUCAAAUUUUCAUUUACUGUCUCCAACAAUGUUGUUUGUGGUCUCAAAUACAUCAACACUACGUGGAAAACAGGUGUCAGAGUUGAUAAGUCUCAAGUGAUGUUGGGAACUUUUGAACCUAGAAAAGAACCAUAUGUAUAUGAAUUAGAAGAAGAUGUCACACCUUCUGGUGUCUUUGCAAGGGGUUUAUAUACUACAAGAACACAGGUUAUAGAUGAAAAAGAAAGAUGCUAUGUGGAUAUCACAUACUACUUUGACAUUCAAAGGCAAUGGCCUGAAAGCUCCUAAAUUUGUAGUUUUCAUAUAAUUUCAUUUUUUUUUUCAAAGAGGCUAACCAUAAUGUAGAGAGUUGAGGAUCUUUUUCUUGAAA